UGAAAAAAUAAUUCCAAAAAAGAAAUACAACUAACUGUUCAUCAUCAUCUCCAUCUUCAUCUUCUUCCUUCCAUUGCUCGCCCUUCCCUUCCGCAGCGCCAAACCAGUCGACCUUCUCCUCCACCAUCAAAUCAACCGUCCCCCAAAUUCCGCCCAUCCUCCGUCGAUCCAUUGCAUCAAUCGACUGAUCGAUCAAUCAAUCGACGGGGGGCGUCCGCGGCGGCACAAAUGGGGCUAUGGUGCAAAGCCGUCGGCGCCCUAAAGGACCACAACAGCAUCUGGCAGGCGAAUCUCUCCCGACGCACCGCCGCCCGUAAUCCGGACAUCGAAAAGGCCGUCAUCCGCUCCACCACCCACUCCUCCGGCCGCUCCUUCGACCGCCGCAACGUCGACCGCGUCUGCGAGUGGAUCCGCAUCUCUCCGUACAAUCUCCCCCCCGUCCUCCACGCGCUCUCCCGGCGCGUCUCCCGCACUGGCGACUGGCUCGUCGUCCUCAAGGCUCUCAACCUCACCCACAACAUCCUCAAUUCCCGCCUCCCCUGCGUCCGCCGCCUCCGCCGCCUGCCCUUCGACCUCUCCAAUUUCAGCCACUCCCACGCCCCCCACACCAGGUCCUGGCCCUUCAACGCCUUCGUCAGAGCCUACUACGCCUUCCUCGACACCAAAUUAGUUUUCCUUUCGGCGAUCGACGAACAUUCGGUAGGAGGUCUGCCAUUGAUGAAGGAGCUAACCGAUUUGCAGCGCCAGCAGGCUUUGAUCGAUCUGCUGAUGCAAAUCCAGCCGCAAUCGAAGGCGGCGCACGUCCCGAUCAUCCUCGACAUAAUGGACGGGAUCAUCAUCGAGAUCUACGACAUCUACAGCAGAAUUUGCCGCGGGAUCGCCGUCAUUCUGAUGAACAUAUACUCCGCCGGGAAGUCCGAGGCCAGAAUGGCGCUCGACGUCGUGAAGAAAGCAACUAAGCAAGGGGAAGAUUUGGCGAGCUACUUCGAGCUCUGUCAGGAGCUCGGAUGCUUCUACGCCUCUGAAUUCCCGAUCGUCGAUAAAAUCCCGGAGGAGGGCAUACUCGAGCUGGAGCAGAUAAUCAAGGGGUUCGACGAAUGCCACGACAAGGCGAUCAUCAUGGUCGAGGAUGGGGGCAGCAAUGGUUACGACUACUACGAUUAUGAUUACGACUAUAGCUAUGGCUAUGGUUAUGACUCCGACGACAACAACAAAGACGACGGGAAUGCGAAUAAAAUGGUGGAGUACGGGACGAUCUUCGACUACGGCAAUGGAGGGAAGGAAUGCUCGUACAAAGAUGAACUAAGAACUGUGAUCACUGACAAAUGGGAGAGAUUCGACGACGAAAUCGAUCCAAAGAAUCCCUUUGGGAACCCUUUGAUCGUUUAUGAAAUUGGUUGCAAGAAUCAGCAUCAAGAGUUGCCAGAUUUGAUCAGUUUUUAGAACUAACAGUUGGAAGAAUCAGGAGUUUGAAGGAUUUGAUAAGCUUGUAGUAUGAUCAGUGAUUAAUUCAUCCAAUGGAGGAAAGGAAAAAAUGAUAAAAGAACAAAUAUAUAUACGCACAUAUACAUAUGUUACACUACAGAUUCUUGGUUAUGUAUAUUCAUCAUAUAUAUGAUGAGACUGCUGUUCGAC